GAGAACAGCGGUGAUGGCCCAACAAUUCUAACCGAUCACGCACAUGCUUUAACCCAUGUACAAACCCUCGGUACAUCCCUAGAAGAUCCCGCGCGCACCCUCCUCCCACCCAAUUCUCUCAGUCGAGACAGAGUUGAGUCAACCUGACGGACUCAACGAAGCUACAAAACCGCGCGCCUCCUGCGUACCUGACGAAAAUGCCAUACAUCAGCGACACGCCCUCCCCAUCGACCGCCAGCUCGACUUCCUCGGCAGUCCAAUUUUUUCCUGGCGACGAGAAGGAGAAAAGGAGGAGAGACUAUCACGAUGCGGAUGUUGUUAUCAUUGGAGCGGGUGUGGUGGGUUCCGCGCUUGCCGUCGCACUGGGAAAUCAAGGACGAAGCGUGAUCUUACUUGAGAGGAGUUUGAAAGAGCCAGAUCGCAUUGUGGGUGAACUGCUGCAGCCAGGCGGAGUGCAGGCGCUGGAGAAACUCGGACUUGACAGUUGUCUGGAAGGCAUUGAUGGCAUUCCUGUUCAUGGAUACCUGGUUACAUACUACGGCGAGCCAGUAGAAAUACCGUACCCAUACAAUGCCGGGAAAGGAGACGGAUCAAGAGCCGAGGGAAAGAGCUUUCACCAUGGAAAAUUUGUUCAAGCGCUAAGGAUGGCCGCUAUGAAGCAUGACAAUGUCACCGUCAUUGAGAGCACUGCAACCGACUUGAUAAAGAACGAAUGGACGGGUCAGGUCCUGGGCGUUGAAGCAACAACGAAGGGUAAGAAGGAUUACUACUUUGGAGACCUGACUGUCGUUUGCGACGGGUACGCGUCGAAGUUCAGGAAGGGAUACAUACGACACACUCCGCUUGCAUCCUCGAAGUUCUAUGGGCUAGAGAUGAAGGACGCAAAGCUCCCUAAACCCUACCAUGGACAUGUCAUACUUGGUGAUGGAUCGCCUAUCCUGCUUUACCAGAUCGGCACGCACGAAACCCGUGCGCUCAUUGAUGUAGCCGAUGGCUGUCCUACAGCAGCUCCAUCAGCGGGAGGUAUCAAGAAUCACAUGCGAAACGUAGUCGUACCAGCACUACCGGAAUGCGUGCGGCCAGCCUUCCUCGAAGCAAUUGACAAUUCAACUAUAAGGUCAAUGCCCAACUCGUGGCUACCCCCGACAGUCAACAAGACCCCGGGUAUGAUCAUAAUUGGUGACGCACUGAAUAUGAGGCAUCCUUUGACGGGCGGAGGCAUGACCGUAGGCCUUAAUGACGUUGUUCUCAUUUCCAAUCUCCUCAGUCCAGAGAAUGUGCCGUCGUUGUCAAAUACACAGCUGGUCAUGAAGCAGAUGAAAGCCUUCCACUGGAAGAGAAAAGAUGUCACCUCCGUGAUCAACAUACUCGCACAAGCGCUCUAUGCGCUUUUUGCCGCAUCUGGCUCUAAUUUGAAAGCGCUACAAAUGGGCUGUUUUCGUUACUUCCAAUUUGGGGGGAACUGCAUAGAUGGUCCGGUUGGCCUCCUUGCAGGAAUAAUUCGAAACCCCGUUGUGCUUGUUUAUCACUUCUUCCGUGUUGCUUUCGUGGCCAUAUGGGUCAAGACGAGGAGUCUACCCUUGAUCAUGCAACCUUUCUAUCUUCUCUUCGGCGGCGUAAGCAUCUUUGCGACUGCGGUCAGGGUCAUUGGUCCCUACAUAUUUGCCGAGUUGAGGACCUGAGUCUCCUCAUGGCUAUGCUUAACGAAACGUGUAUAUAAUAUUUGCGAAUUUGUAUUGUAAUAUCCGGCAGUGUCUUGAAGAUGAACACUGAGCAUGGAGUCUUGGCUUUUGCUCAAACAAGAAUAUAUGAUUAUGGAAAUACAUUAACCCUACAUAGCUACGUCUAUAAGGAUGUCUGACUGUUGACUACUGCUUACUG